AUGUCGUGGAGGAUUAAGAGAAACACUGCAAGUGUCGAGUCUUUGAAUAAGGACACGGUGGGUCACGUUUACGUCUUUUUGAGGAUUGAACCACGCCGUGUUGCAUUCAAAACACCAGCAACUGCAGUUAUUCUAUUAGAUUCUCCUGAAGAACAUGUUUUAAUCAAAGCAUGUGAAGCAAUCUACGGAUUUGCAGAAGAAAGCGAUUUGAACAAGAUUGCUCUGACGGAUCAGGGGGCUUUGGGUCCUCUCAGUCAGCUCAUCAGUCACAACAACAAGAAGAUCCGACGUAAUGCCAUAAUUGGACUAGGGCUCAUGGCUACACACAGUUUAGCCAAGAGUGUCCUACAAAACAUGGAUGUUAUUCCAGCAGUCAUUGACAAACUAUCAAUGAAUGACACAGUUAUCCAAGAAUUUGGGACCCUUUACCUGUCCUGUCUGUCCACGGAGUCAUGCUGUCGGGUGCAGAUUAUUGAAAGCCAAGGUUUGCCAAUAUUAAUCAACCUCCUUUCUAGUUCCGACCCAGAUGUUCAGAAGAACUCUCUGGACACCAUCUACAAUUUAGUUCAGGACACGCACGUUUGCCCGUCUGUAAUCGAGUUACAUGGGCUUCCUCAAUUACUCCUGUUGUUGAAGUCCACCUUCAAUUCCAUUCAGCAUCUGACUUUAAAAACAUUGGAGACAAUCGCCAUUUGCGAAGAGUCACAAUGUGCGUACAGGGAAGGACAGGUGUUGGAUGAGCUCAUGGAGAUCCUCGAUAAUAAGGAUAUAAUUGAAUUCCAUGGGGAGGCCCUGCUGGUUCUCGCUAAUUGUAUGGGUGACAUGGACAAUUUCCGGGUGAUACAGAAAAAAGGAGGCCUUUCCAUAGUGAUGGAGCUUCUUCUCAACCCCAAAUUGGCAGAAAGCCAGGCCGGCGCGAUUAAAAACGGAAAUCUUGAAAUCCUAGCUAUUGCCGUAAAGUGCAUAGCCAGCGCUGCUCAGAAUUCUUCCAUUCACCCAUUCCUGAACGAGCAGAAGAUUGAAAAGGUUCUGGUGGAUCUUCUGUCUGUGGGUAGCGAUAAUGUGAAAGCAUAUGGUUGCAGAGCUUUUUCUGGUUUGAGCUCUUUCCUGCCCAGCAAAGACCUCUUCAGAGAUUUAGGUGGCAUACCAGUUGUUGUUCGGUUACUAAGGAGUAGCAAGUGUCCAGUUAUCACAGAGCAUGGUACGCAGGGCCUUGCCAACCUCACAUCUGGAAACCAGCUCAACACUUUGGAAGUAUUUAAUGCAGGAGGAACUGAAGUUCUUGUGCAGAGUCUACAAGAAGCGUGUCCUGAAGUGAUGGCAAAUUCUUUAGCCAUACUCAGCAGGAUGGCGGGACAGGAAUCUAUCCGGUCUGAAGUUGUGUUACAGGAAGUCAUGCCAGCGCUGGUGGAGCCCUUGAAAUCAGAAGACACACAGGUUCUGAUCAAUGCCUUGCUCUGCAUCUGUGAAAUGGCAUUUGAGGAGAGCGCCAGAGCAGAACUGCGAGAAGCUAAUGGUCUUGAACCGUUGGUCGCUUUGCUGUGUUCCACUCAUAUGGAGGUGUUGCGCUGCACAUGUAUGGCAAUCAGCGUUUGUGCAAAAGAUGAGCCCACUGCUUUGGAGAUGUGUAAAUUUGGAGCCUUGGAAAUCCUUCAAGAAAUCGCCCAGUCAAUAAAUCGUAGGAGCAAGUUCACAGAAUUUGCCCUGAUCAGUUUACUGAAAUACAACCUGUCCCUCAAAUAUGGUUUGCUAGGUUAUCUGACGACAAGUGAUGUUAUCACUCAUGGAUUCUAUGAUGCUGGGAAGGUUCAUUUUGAUCAUAAAUGCUUAAACUUGGAGGAACUGUGCUUGGAACCACUAAACCAACGGCGACCUGUUAUCCUUGUCAACGCAAUCGAGAUGUCUGAUGAAAUGCAACAGAAGGAUGAGACCCAGCCAGAGUUGGUUCAUGAAAGAAAUCGUAAAGUGAUGGAUGACAUCUCAUUGCCGCUUCUCGUUAAAGAGGUCAAGGAAUCCAUUGAGCCUUUGAAAGAAGAACAGGAACAAUACGUUGUUCUGGCCAGGUUUGUCUCUGAAAUCAUGGGUGGAGCCAUUGAAAAGGACCAGCUGGACACUUUUCCAUGGUCGCAGCACCUUAAUGAUCUCAAGUGUAAGCUGAGGUGUAACGUAAUUCCUAUCGGUACGAUCAGCAAAGGAUUUUUUUGCCAUAGAGCACUACUUUUCAAGUAUUUGGCAGACAGCAUUGGCCUGAAGUGUACUCUGGUUAGAGGUGACUACAACCGGGGUUGGAAUGAAGUACUCCUCUACAAGGGUGAUUCUUGUAGCAAAGAUAACUUUUCACAGCCAUCGUGCUACAUUGUGGACCUCAUGCACCAGCCUGGAACCUUCUUGGAGGCUGAUAGUGCUGCUGCUAUUGAUUAUGAAAGCUUAUAG